AUGUCGCGCCAAUCAACACAGCCCCAGCGGCCUCUGUCCCUGACAGAGGAGCUCGAGAAAUUGGAGCAAUCCAUCACAUUGACUCUCCAAGAAAUCGACCAGAACUUUAGCCAAGCCCAUAGGAUCGUCACCACGAGCAUAUUGCCUCUUGUCGAACAAUAUACAGAGCAUUCGCGCGAUGUUUGGGAUGGUGCAAAGUUCUGGAAGCAAUUCUUCGAAGCCAGCGCCAAUGUGUCUCUGUCUGGCUACGAGGAACAGCCCAAUGGCGAUGAAACUGAGCAGGAACCGACCGGAACCGAAGAAGAGCUCUCUACUGAUAUAACACAGACCAGCACCCUGGUAACAGACGAGUCUGGUGAAACGCCCAUUUUGCAACGCACCACAAUUCCCGGCCACGGAGAUGAUCUGGAUUUGACUUCACUCGCCAUAUCCUCACAGAGCACGCCGCGGGCCCCUGCUCCACACGAUGAAGAUAUGACCAUGUCCACUCUUGAACACUCCUCGUCGUAUGAAAAUCUGCGAAAGCAGAUCAACGAAUCCGAGGCACCGUUCGAUAUGCCAGAUUCUUCGACUCUACCGUCUACUCCAGGCCGACAGGCCUAUUUCCCACCCGGCAUCUCAGCGGAAAGCCCAAUGUCAUCCCCAUUCAUCCCGCCUGUGUCGACCACCAAGAACCCCUCGGCAGUGAAGGGGUCAAAAUACCAAAAGCCGUCCGACCCGGUUCUACACCGAGUAGCAGAGAAAACAUACCGUGUCCAAGCAACGCCGUUGGGCAAGGGAUUCCGCAACGCAGCCGGUGGAUCCAAGUUCGCAAUCACCCCAAAACCAGAACCCUCGAACUCCCGAUAUGGUUACGACGAUUCGCCAAUCUCUAGCCCGGAACCAGAAGUACCGCAGCUGCAUUCUGAGGUUUUCUCUUCGCCGAUAAAAGGCGUGACUGCGACCCCGGGGACAAAUCGCAAGCGAAGAACUAGCAGCAACAAGCUUCGCGGCACUCCGAAACCAGGCAUGAGUGUUUUGACCCCUGCGAAGCACACCGGUACCAGUCGAGCUCUGUGGGAUAGUGACGAUGACCUUGACGAUGACCUUGGGCCUAGUCCGCCAAAAACGAUGCAGUUUCAUAUUCCUCAAAGCCGAUUGAUGAAAACACCAGCCAAGGAAGCUUCUAAGCGCAUUGUGACGGAUCUAUUGGCUACGGCCGGGGCUGACGACUUCACUGACGAUUUCGACGACGGCCAGAGUCCGAGUAUCAUUCGCCGUUCAGACAAGAUGGAAGAUGACACAUUCUAG